UUGAGGUGAAGGGGUAGUAGGCGUUUGACAUAAUCAUAGAAAGAAAAAAAAAUUGGGAAAUGAUGCACAGGUGCAGUAGCUCUCAGGGCAACAUGGUGGGUCCAUGUUCAUGUGGCCUGUUUCAUAGCCAAAGCAACUCGUUCUCGAUGCUAUUUUCCAUGCCGAACCACAAAUCUUUCGAUGAAACAGACGUGUACCCUUUUACGCCCUCUUCAUCUUCUUCCGUUGAUUGCACUCUCUCCUUGGGGACUCCAUCUACUCGUCUUUGCGAAGACGACGACAAACGUAUCCGCCAUGACCACCGCUCUGGUUCUUGCAUGUCAAACUUUUGCUGGGACUUGUUACAGAACAAGAACACACCUUAUUCACAGCAAACCCUAAAAGCUAGCCGUGGAAGCAAUGGAAAUAGCACUAACAGCUCAGGCAAUGACCCCCUCCUAGCUCGCCGCUGUGCUAACUGUGACACCACUUCGACACCUCUUUGGAGGAACGGACCAAGAGGUCCAAAGUCACUUUGCAAUGCCUGUGGAAUUCGAUUCAAAAAGGAAGAAAGAAGAGCUACGGCAGCAAAUGCAAAAAACUCAGGCGCAACAGCUUCAAUGCUGGAGCAGCAAAAUCAUGGCUACCACAGCAAUUCAUGGGUUCAUCACUCGCAGGACCAGAAAAUGUCAUGUUUCUCUCCUGUUAAUGAAUUCAGGUUCAGUGAAGAUAGUGAUCGAGAUUCCGACAAUGGCAUUCCCUUCCUUUCUUGGAGACUCAACGUCACAGACAGGCCGACAAGCCUUGUCCAUGACUUUACAAGAUGA